AUGUUAAAUGAGACACUUCAAUAUCAUUUUGAUAUUGAGCCAAAUAUCCAAAUUCAAAAUCCUACUGGUUCAAAUACAAACUUAAAUUCCUUUACUGGAGACAAUUUCAGAGCUAUAAAUGGAACGAAAAAUAUUUUAUAUUAUGGUUUGGUAUCUAUUCUUGUUGUCACUGCAAUAUUAAUAUACUACAAAGGUAUUAAUGGGAUAUUCUUGAUGCUAUUUGGGAUAAGUCCAGCAAUAUUAAUAAUCUAUAUGUUAAUACAUAAUCAUAGUUGUCUGUCAAUAAAUAUAUUACUUGACAUGUUUUUUACAGGUGCAACUUUGUCUAUCACUCUAACAAUUAUUAUAGAAAGUAUAUUAUUACUAAUAUUCCGAAAAUUUCAUGGAACUUGUUUAGUUGACAAUAUUAAACAGAUAUCAAACAAACUUACAGAAAAUACACUUAAUAAUAUUUCAGGAAUCUCAUCAUAUAUUUAUAAUUUAAUUUGGUGUAUGAGCAAGAUUAUUAUCUUUUAUGUAAUGACUGUUGGUAUAGUUGAGGAAAUAUUUAAACUAAUACCAACCAAACGAAUUAAGGUAAAUAUAUCCGAUAUAAAUUCUCUCAAUUCAUAUUGGUGGAGAUAUAUUAGAUCACCUAGAGCUUAUGUAAUUGCAAAUAUAGCAUCUGCUUCUGGAUUUGCAACUGUAGAAAAUAUAGCAUAUCUAUUUACUGCAGCAGAUAGAUUUGAUCUUCUCUUACCAAUAGCUUUGGCUAGAGGUAUAUUAUCAAUUCCAUUCCAUAUAUUUGCAACUGGAUAUGCUUCUAUACUAUUAGCUAAAUAUAUUUAUAGGGAUUUCAAUUGUAUUAGCACACUUGUGGUUCAAGAUAAUUAUGUACAAAUUGAAGAUGAUAGUACAGAAAAUACAUUAUGUACUAUAGUAGGAAAUAAUAAUCAAAUAAAUCCACAAACACUAGCCACAAAUAACAGUAUUAGUUCGAAAUUUGAACCUGGAGUUUCCAUAAGUUUAUUAUGCGUUUUACCAAGUAGUAUACUUCAUGGAAUAUAUGAUGCAUGUCUAGUCAUGAUUCUCAUGAUUAAACCAUGCCAAAAUACAUAUUCUGAAGUGAGUUUUAUUAAUGGGAAUCAACAAUCUGUAAAUCACUCACUCAAAAGUAGCUUAAAUUGGAAAAGUAAAGUAUAUCAGUAUAUUAAGCCAGUAUUUAGUCAUAUAUAUAAAAGAAGGUUAAUAGAACUUAUUUCAUUUCUUAACAGUGCAUAUCCACAAUAUGAUAAAGAUCCAAACUACUUAUAUUCCGAAAUAUGUAAUGAUCAUUAUAAAAAUUUAGUAAAUAUAAUAUCUACUUUCUGCUUAACAGCAGCUAUGUUAUCACUCAUUUUAUGUAUAACAUUGUUCUUUUAUGAAUGGAGACGAUACUCGCAGAUAAAUCAUUAG